UAAGAACUCUGAAAACACAAGACAGGGAACCUAUGGUUCGUGUUGCACAUUGCAGGAUUUAAUGCUAACCACGAGUCCCCUUCAGAACCGGAUGCUGUGUUUGUUUGUUAUCACUACAUUUGUACCCAGCAUCCUCACAAACUGCUGGGUUUCAAAGCAUCUCCCAUGCGAUGUGAUGAUUAGGAAUGACACCUCAAUCCUUUUUGACUGCAGUGCCAGGCGACUGACAGUUGUGCCAACAGACAUCAAGUGCAAUGUUACAAGUCUCAGACUUUCGCAGAACCAAAUACAACACAUUUCAAAUGAAUCUUUCUGGAACUUGGAGAACCUCAUUAUUCUUAACCUCAAGUGGAAUAGGGACACAGAGGGCCUUAAAAUAGCAAAGGGCUCUUUCACUGCUUUGAAAAAAUUAAAGAUUUUGCUAUUAGAUGGUAAUUUGUUGUCUACAAUACCUGAAGACCUCCCGCAUGAGCUGAAUAUUUUAAGUCUAAGUUCAAACAAUAUUGCCUCAAUUGGAUCAGAAAACUUCAAAGGUAUCCCAAACAUCAAAGAGAUCAGACUAAAUAAGAACUGCUAUCAUGGCAAUGGUUGCAACAACUCCUUAAUUAUACACAAUGACACCUUUUCCAACGUCUUAGAGUUAGAAAAACUCUCACUCAAUCUUAACAGGCUUACAAGAGUCCCCCAGAAUCUGCCAAAAUACUUAAAGUCCCUUUCUCUCACCUUAAACAAAAUCGAACGUGUCAAUCAUUUUGACUUGGAAAACCUAACUGAAUUGAGGACUCUAGAUCUUUCUGGAAACUGCCCUAGGUGUCAAAAUGCCCCAUUCCCUUGUGAGACCUGCAAGACACCUAAAGGCUCAAUUGAAGUGGAUCCUCAUGCAUUUCAGAGUCUUGUAAACCUGGAAGAGCUACACCUCUCUGGAAACUCUCUUGUUAAAGUACAUGCCUCCUGGUUCCAGAAUUGUACUAAAUUAAAAUACCUUUUUCUUUCCUUCAACUUUUUAAUAAGUGAAAUUGCCACUGGAGAAUUUCUGAAUGUUUUACCACAUGUGGAAGUUAUUGAUUUAUCUUUCAACUAUGCUCCUAAAUCCUAUCCCAGGAAAAUUAAACUUUCAUCAAAUUUUUCCAAAUUAGAAGCACUAAGAGCCUUGCAUAUUGAGGGCUAUGUGUUUAGAAUUCUGGAUGGGAAUGAUUUAAACCCACUUUUUAGUCUAAAAAAUCUGUCUUUGCUUAAUGUGGGUACAAACUUCCUCCAGUACAUACACCUCACACUGUUUCAAAACUUCUUUAAUCUUUCAUUGAUAUAUUUGUCGGAAAACAGACUGGCAUCUCUGUCGCAAAGAAAUGACAGCAUUUACGCAAAUGGAAAUGAAGCAGACUGUGUUUUAAACAAACCACUGAUGAAAUACCAUGGUAAUCAUGAGGAAAAAGGCACUUAUAUUGUGCACAAAGAUAAGGACUACCGGUUGUCUCACCCACUUGUUAAGCAGCAGUGUCUUCGCUAUGGACCAGUGCUUGACCUUAGUAAAAACAAUAUCUUUUAUAUCUCCCCUGAGCUCUUCAAAGGUCUUGAAAAUACGACAUGCCUUAACCUUUCCAAAAAUUCUAUUGCAGAUUCUUUCAAUGGUACUGAAUUCAUUCAUCUGCCAAAACUAAAGUACUUGGAUCUGUCCUACAACAAGAUUGACCUGGCUUACGACUAUGCUUUUUCUGAGUUAACACACCUAGAAGUGUUGGAUUUGAGUAAUAACCCACAUUACUUUGUUGUGGCAGGUGUGACACAUAAUUUAAAUUUUGUUAAACAUCUCCAGGUUUUGAAAGUGCUCAACCUAAGCCAGAAUGAAAUAUUUACUUUAACUGAGAAAGAGAUGAGCAGCAGCUCACUGAAAGAGCUGCAAUUUCAAGGCAAUCGGCUGGACAUAUUAUGGAAAAAUGAUGAAAGGUACAUAAGACUUUUCACCAAUCUUUUGAAUUUAACACACUUGGAUAUGUCUCACAAUAAACUUCAGAACAUACCAUCAGCUGCUUAUGAGAAUUUUCCAAAGACCUUAACCCACCUCUUCUUAAAUAAUAAUAAACUUAAUUUAUUUAAAUGGGAGAAACUCAUAUAUUUUGAGUGCUUGGAGGUCUUAGAUUUAAGCAAUAAUAAAAUAGAAAGUAUUGCUGAACAUAUUGCUAAUUAUACAAAAAUGCUUAGAAAACUGUAUCUGGGUAAUAAUAAGAUUUCUCGGCUCUCUGAUGGUUUUCUCCGGGGUGCAAGAAGCCUUAGUAGGCUUUACUUGGAUAACAAUAAUCUGAGUCUAAUAAACACAUCCACUUUCCUCUCCGGGCCAGAGAACUACCUGAAAACUCUGUCUUUAAAAGGAAACCCCUUUCAAUGUACCUGUGAGAUUUUUGACUUUUUAUUGUGGGUGGAAGGAACUGACAUUGUGAUACCACGUUUGGCUACUGAUGUCACCUGUGCAACACCUGAAAGAUUGAAGAGAAAUGCUGUCAUUGGCUUUGAUCGUCAGCAAUGCAUCAUUGAUGGCACAUCUGCUAUAUUGUUUUUGGCUUCUUCCUCUAUCAUUGUGAUUACUGUGGCAGUUGCUAUAACACAGCAUUUGUUUUAUUGGGAUGUUUGGUAUAUCUUUCACUAUCUUAAGGCAAAAAUGAAGGGUUACCAUUACCUGAAAUCCACAGAGAGCAUCUAUGAUGCUUUCAUCACCUACGAUACUAAAGACCCAGUUGUUUCAGACUGGGUUCUGAAUCAUCUCCGAGUCCAGCUGGAGGAAAACGGAGAAAAACUAUUCCCAAUUUGUCUGGAGGAACGAGACUGGCACCCCGGCGCACCUGUCAUAGACAACCUGUCUCAGAGCAUCAAGCAGAGUCGAAAGACAGUGUUCGUGCUGACUGAAGGGUAUGUGAAGAGUGGGACCUUUAAAAUAGCCUUUUACCUCGCACACCAGCGGCUGCUGGAUGACAACACGGACGUUAUCGUGCUGGUUCUGUUAGAGCCAGUACUGCUGCAUUCUCAGUUUUUCCGCUUAAGGAAAAGGUUGUGCAGGAAGACCAUCCUUGAGUGGCCCAAAAAUCCUCGUGCGGAAAAAUGGUUCUGGCAUUGUCUGAGAAAUAUCAUAAGAGUGGAACACCAGGCUGUGUAUAACAAACUUUAUUCAUGUUAUUUCAUAAACAAAUGAAAACACUGUUAAUAGCCUCUCUAUAGAAGUAUAGAAUUUUAAAUAGUAAUUCAGCAGUACAGUGGAAAAUUGAACCUCAAACUAGUUUUUAUACCUAAUUACCAAUAUAUUGAAAGCAAAAUGUUAAACCUUGAUGGUAGUAGUAAGAUGUUUAGUGAUGAGUACAAGUCAAAUCCUAUUUAUUCUUUCUUUGACUACUCCUAAUUUUUGUUUCCUACAAUGUUUUUCUUUCCAAAGCCAGUAUUAUUUCAGGGAGAUGGCUGGACAACUUCUCUUCCAGCCAAACUGUUACUCAGUAGGUAUCACUGCUUCAGAGAAAACAGAUUUAAUUUUCUAGGGAUAAAGAAUCAAGAACAUGUUUCAGCAAUAGCUAUGCAGCUAAUUUCAAUGUACAGCAGGAUUCAAUGUAUCAGUAUUGUAUAUGCUAGAUUAUUUUUCUUAAAUUAAUAUGUCAAAAAAAAUUAAUGUUCAGCUUCAUAAAUCAUAUAAAACAUGCAUGCUCUGUGUUGUAUACAUUUUAAUCAAUGUAUAGAUAAAUAAAAAAGUAAG